AUGGGCGACGCACUACUUCUGGGGAAACCCCAGCAAAUUGAGGACUAUGGCCUGAUAGGGGACAUGAGAACCUGCGCACUGGUGGGCAAGAAUGGGAGCAUCGACUUCAUGUGCUGGCCUCAGUUCGACUCGCCGUCGGUUUUCGCCAAAGUCCUCGACACCACCAAGGGCGACGGAGGGCAUUGGAGUAUUAGUCCGCGGGGUGCAACGGUUCGCAAGCAGAACUAUCGCGGCUCGUCAAACAUCCUGCAGACCAAGUGGAUUGACGAGAACGGUGUGGUAGAUCUGACCGACUUCUUUGCCUUGUCAAAACACAACAAGGUGCUACGGGACAAAUGGAGUGGUUCAACCCUAGUCAGAAAAUUGGAGUGUGUCCGGGGAAAGAUGUCAAUCGACAUUGAGCUUUCUCCGCGACCGGACUAUGCUCGCGACCAAGGCUCGAUGAAGAGUACGCAGGUAAAACGCGAGGACGGCACAUACCAUCAGAAAAUCUCUUGGGUUCCUCAUGAGAAUGACAGCACCGACCCCAAAGACAUUCCGGACUUCUUCGCAACCUACUGCACGCAUGACCAACCUCUCAGCCAUACACCCGCAAUGUUUCAACCGGCCAAAUCCAAGGAUGGAAAAGCAAGCGAAAACGAGACCCGUUCGUGUCGAGCUCACUUCGAACUCCAAGAAGGCCAACAAGUCUAUAUGAUCAUGUGCAACCGUCGUGUUGGCCCUCAUCUUACAAAAGAUCUUAUGAUCAAUCUCGAAGACGAGACGUACAAGUUCUGGACUAGCUGGGUCCGAUCUUGCCUGUACCGCGGUCGCUUCCAACAGGAAGUGGAAAGAAGCAUGCUGAUCCUGAAACUGUUGACCUACGAUCCCACUGGUGCUAUAUGUGCCGCCCCAACCUUCUCUCUACCGGAAGCGAUCGGCGGUCCUCGAAACUGGGACUACCGAUACUCCUGGGUCCGAGACUCCAGUUUUACAGUCUAUGUAUUCCUGAAAAUGGGUUUCCCAGCAGAAGCCGAAGCUUACAUCAACUUUAUCUUUGCCAGAAUUGCCGAAUGGCGUAAAAACGCCGAAGCCUCUGGGCCAGGAGAAAUACAUCACUUGCCCCUGAUGUUUGGCAUCGACGGGUCUACAGACUUGCCCGAGCUUACACUUGAUCACCUCUCGGGCUACCAAGACAGUGUGCCCGUCCGCAUCGGCAACGCGGCAACGGACCAUGUUCAGCUUGACAUCUACGGUGAACUUAUGGACGCAAUCUACCUGUACAAUAAACAUGGCAAACCCAUCUGCUACGCCCAGUGGCUCGACAUCCGCUAUCUCACCGACUUCGUCUGCCGCGUGUGGAACCAACCGGACAUGUCGAUCUGGGAAGUCCGCGGCCGCAAACAACAUUUCACCUAUUCAAAAAUGCUUCUGUGGGUUGCCGUCGACCGCGCCUUGCGGCUCUCCGAAAAGCGCAAUUUCCCGUGUCCGAACCGCAACAAAUGGCUAGAGACACGCGACACGAUAUACGAGGAAGUCAUGCAGAAAGGGUUCAACUACGAGCUCAACAGCUUUGUGCAAAGCUACGAGUCGAACACGACGCUGGAUUCGGCCGUGCUAGUCGCGCCACUGGUCUUUUUCAUCGCUCCUAAUGAUCCCCAAUUCGUCGGCACGCUCGACCGCAUCCUCCGCACGCCGGAGAAAGGAGGUCUCACGUCUGCCGGGUUUGUGUUCCGCUACGACCACGAGCAAACAGAUGAUGGUGUUGGCGGCCGUGAAGGCACAUUCGUGAUGUGCACGCUCUGGCUCAUCGAAUCGCUCAUCCGCGCAGGCAAAUACGACCGCAAGUAUUUCGACACGGCAAACAGCAUGUUCGAGACCGUCACCAACUUCAGAAACCACGUCGGGAUGCUCUCGGAAGAAAUUGCAAUCAGCGGCGAGCAGCUGGGCAACACGCCCCAGGCUUUCUCUCACCUCGCGUACGUCUCUGCGGCUAUUAACCUGGAGAGGGUCACGAGAGGGGAUUGGGCAGUCGGGUUUUGA